UUUUUUUUCUUAGGUUUUUUAUGAGACGAGCAUUUUGCUGGUACUCUCUUUUCGCUUCUCGCUCAAUUCACACAGACCUUUAUUCACACAUACACACACAGCAAUGCGUCUUGAGAAGUGCUAUUUCUGCUCGUCGACGGUGUACCCGGGCCACGGAACGAUGUUUGUCCGCAAUGACGGCAAGUCCUUCCGGUUCUGUCGCUCAAAGUGUCACAAGAACUUCAAGAUGAAGCGGAACCCUCGCAAGGUGCGCUGGACGAAGGCGUUCCGCAAGGCGGCGGGCAAGGAGAUGGCGAUUGACUCGACGUUCGAGUUUGAGAAGCGGCGGAACGUUCCGGUGCGCUACGACCGCGACCUGAUGGCGACGACGAUCAAGGCCAUGAAGCGGGUGCAGGAGAUCCGGGCACGUCGCGAGCGCGCGUUCUUCAAGCAGCGCAUGGCGGGCAACAAGGAGCGCGAGAGAGCCGAGAACAUCCGCGAGAUCCAAAAGAACAUCCACCUUGUGUCGACACCCGCCCUCAAGACCAAGGAGGUGCAGAAGGCCGCCGAGUCGUCCAAGCAGAUGGACCUGGACUAGAUCAGACCAUGCCUAUCCAAUAUAUGUGUAUCCUCAACAACAGAACG